AUGUGGGUCCAGGGGUCGCCGCCACACGUCAACAUACAGCCAACGUCGGCGCCACCGUUCGCGCAUGCCACGCCGCCGCUCGCAUAUUCGCGGUGCAUCGCUUGCCACUAUCGGUCGAUCCCCCGAACGCUCGCAUCGUCCAUAAGCGAGGCGCCCACCACCCGUCGAUCGACCGGUGUUCUGUCGUCGGUGCAUCCACUGUGCAUCCCCGUGCGUCUCCAGGUCUCUGCCGAACGCGCACAGCGCACAGGCGGCGCGGGAUCGGAUCGUCGGACGCUCGUCACCUGCCAGCCGGCCAGCGCGCCGAUCUCUGACGCGCACCCACCCACCUGCUCUGGCGGGAACAUUCCAGCGAUUCCCUGCCCGAGCCAUCCCCGGCGUCUCUGA